AUGUCGAGUCGCAAGAAGACUGGGGUCACUGCGUCAUUUGCGAUAGGCAUCCUAACGGCUGGUAUCAAUCUGGGCCGCAUUAUUCAGACCAAGUUGUGUCCAGCUGACGAUCUCAUCUACUGCCUCAGAGACUCUUCUAUUUUUAUCAUGGCAGAAAUGACGGCAGGAAUUUUGGUUGCGUGUGUUCCAACAUUUGGGCCCCUAUUGUUUCGCAGGCGAAACGUGCGUUCAGUGCGACCACACGAUCUGCCCACAAUUGGAUCACCUCGAGUCCGCCGUCCUGCGAAAUUCGAUUCUCUCCUUUCCACAUUCGACCGUAGUCACCACGAUUGCGAAGAGCAAGCCCAAACAAAGGAAUCGGAGCCUAGUGCGCCCACAUCGCAUGUCGGGGCUGGGGCUGAGAAUGAAACUCCAGAGACCGGUAUUAUGGUGACGCGCGACCUCGAUGUUCAUAGUCUGAAUGUGCUCCCUCGAGUUCAGCUCAAUGUCGGGAACCCUAGCAACCCUGAUUUUGAUCGCAAGGCUCCCCCGGGAGGAUAUCCACUUCCUGCAGAUGAUGCGACAGAGAUUGGGGUGCUACUUGACAAGUUGAUUGCACAAGGAAAGUCGGUACUACUCGCAGGACACUCUUCCGGUGGUUGGGUCGCGGCUGAGGCUGCACAACCCUCUCGGCAAGCUCCUAUUCGUGCAAGGGAAGGAAAGGCUGGCGGUGUCAUAGGGAUUUUCUUUAUUGGAGCAUUCAUUGUUCCUCAAGGCCAAUCCGUGCAUUCAUUCUUCCAGCCUGCAGACGGCAAAGUUGUCGUGCCUCCAUUUAUGCGAUUCCACAAGCACGGCAUUAGUGGCCUCGGAACCAUGGUCGAACCUGAAAGAUACCUGUUCAAUGAUCUUGAUGCAGCGACUGCGAAGAAGUGGGCAUCCACAUUGACAGCAGCUCCUGUUAUGAACAGUCCUCUUACGCACAAUCCUUAUGAUGUGCUGCCGUGUGCCUAUCUUGUGCUGGAACAGGACCGCACAUUGCCUAAAGAGUAUCAAGAGAAGAUGGCGGCGAGCCAAAGAAAGCCAUUCACAAUCUACCGUGCGCCCUGCGGUCACUCGCCGCACCUUAGUUGGACAAAUGACCUUGUUGCAAAGCUGGAGGAAUUUGGAAAACAGGUCCUAGCUGAAGGCAAAGCAGACUAA